AUGACGCGCCCCAAACGCCCCUGGAGACCCCGGCCCGACCCCGCGGCCCCGUCCCGCUCGCGGCAGAGAGGAGGGUCCCCGACCCCGGACCCCCUCCCGGAGCCGCGCGCCCGCGGGUUUUCCGCCCCACGCGGCGUCCCCGGCCGGACGAGCGGCGCCGCAGCAGGCUCGUGGGCGGGGCGGUGGCAUUUAAGGCGGGCGCCACCUGCCCGGGCAGCGGCUGGCGAUCGGCCGCGGAGGUGCGCGCAGGGUCCCCGUCACCGCCACCUCUCUCCCGCCGACCUCGCCGCCGCCGCCGGACCCGACCCCGCCCCGCCCCGCCGCGCGCACGGCCCCCGGAGCCCCCAGUCCCGCCGCGCGCAGGACCCCCGCAGCCCCCAGUCCCGCCGCGCGCACGGUCCCCGGAGCCCCCCGCCCGAGCCCACCGGGGCCCCCCGGCCGCAGCAUGCGCCAGCCGCCACGCACCGCGGGGCGCUCCGGGGCUGGCCGGUGGAGAAGCCGGUCCACAUGUGCGGAGAAGGGCCCCAGGCUCCAAGGCCAGCUCCGCAGCGGCUGCGGGCUCCGGAUGGGAGACUGUGGCUGGGCUGGGGUUACGUGGAUGCCUGUGGCCUGAGAAGCCCUCCAGUCCCGAGGCACAGGGAGGCACCAGCACCUCUGCGUAAAUCCGCCUCGGGCCAAUGCUGCACCCUGCUUCUCUUUCAGAAAACACUAGAAAUUUACUCUGUGGAGCUCAGUGGAACUAAAGAGAUCGAGAAAACAGACCAUGGGAACGACAGGGAGAGGUACAGGGGCCUGAAGAACAACUGCCUGGAACUCAGAAAGAACCAGCGGAAAGAGGAGCUGAAGAAAGAACUGGAUCUGGAUGACCACAAACUCAGCAUUAAGGAAUUGGAAAAGAAAUAUGGUACAGACAUCAUUAGGGGUCUCUCCAGCACCAGAGCCGCCGAGCUGCUGGCUCGGGAUGGACCGAACGCCCUCACCCCCCCCAAGCAGACGCCAGAGAUGAUCAAGUUCCUCAAGCAGAUGGUGGGGGGGUUCUCCAUCCUUCUGUGGGUAGGAGCCGUCCUGUGCUGGAUCGCAUUUGGGAUUCAGUACGCCAGCAAUAGAUCCUCAUCCCUGGACAGUUUGUACUUGGGCUGCGUACUUGUCCUGGUUGUUAUUCUCACGGGGAUCUUUGCUUACUACCAAGAGGCGAAAAGCACCAACAUCAUGUCCAGCUUCAGUAAGAUGAUCCCGCAGCAAGCUCUUGUCAUCCGAGACUCAGAGAAGAAGAUAAUUCCUGCAGAGCAGUUGGUGGUGGGGGACAUCGUGGAAAUUAAAGGAGGAGACCAGGUGCCUGCGGACAUCAGGCUGCUGUCUUCACAGGGGUGCAGGGUGGAUAACUCAUCUCUCACUGGGGAAUCUGAGCCCCAGCCCCGCUCCCCUGAGUUUACCCAUGAAAACCCCCUGGAAACAAAGAACAUCGGCUUCUAUUCUACAACCUGUCUGGAAGGCACGGCAACUGGCAUGGUCAUCAACACGGGGGACCGCACCGUCAUUGGUCACAUUGCCUCCUUGGCUUCAGGAGUUGGAAAUGAGAAGACACCGAUCGCCAUUGAGAUCGAGCACUUUGUUCACAUCGUGGCCGGAGUGGCUGUCUCCAUCGGCAUCAUUUUCUUCAUCAUCGCGGUGUCCAUGAAGUAUGACAUCCUGGACUCCAUCAUCUUCCUCAUUGGCAUCAUUGUGGCCAAUGUGCCCGAGGGCCUCCUGGCCACUGUCACUGUGACCCUAUCGCUGACAGCAAAACGGAUGGCCAAGAAGAACUGCCUGGUAAAGAACCUGGAGGCGGUGGAGACUCUGGGUUCCACCUCCAUCAUCUGCUCAGACAAGACGGGGACUCUGACCCAGAACAGGAUGACCGUGGCCCAUCUGUGGUUCGACAAUCAGAUCUUCGUGGCCGACACUAGUGAAGACCAUUCAAACCAAGCCUUUGACCAAAGCUCUGGAACCUGGGCCUCCUUAUCCACGAUAAUAGCAUUGUGUAACCGAGCUGAGUUCAAGCCAGGCCAGGAGAGUGUGCCCAUCAUGAAGAAAGUCGUGGUUGGAGAUGCCUCAGAAUCUGCUCUUUUGAAAUUCUCAGAGGUCGUUUUGGGUGAUGUGAUGGAAAUUAGAAAAAGAAACCGCAAAGUAGCUGAAAUCCCUUUUAACUCUACCAACAAAUUUCAGCUCUCCAUACAUGAGACAGGCAACCCCGAUGACAAGCACUUCCUCGUGGUGAUGAAGGGGGCCCCGGAGAAGAUCCUGGAGAGGUGCAGCACCAUCAUGGUCGAUGGCCAGGAGAAGCCGCUGGUCAAGAGCGCGACCGAGGCCUUCCACACAGCCUACAUGGAGCUGGGCGGGCUGGGCGAGCGCGUGCUGGGUUUCUGCCAUCUCUACCUGCCAGCAGAUAAGUUCCCAGAAAACUACUCCUUCGAUGUAGACACCGUGAACUUUCCCACCUCCAACUUCUGCUUUGUGGGGCUCUUGUCAAUGAUCGACCCGCCUCGGUCCACUGUGCCAGACGCAGUCACCAAAUGCCGGAGCGCAGGGAUCAAGGUUAUCAUGGUUACAGGUGAUCAUCCCAUCACAGCCAAAGCUAUCGCCAAGAGUGUAGGGAUCAUCUCAGCCGGCAGUGAGACAGUGGAAGACAUUGCCAACCGCCUCAACGUUGCCGUGGAGCGAGUGAACAAGCGGGAUGCUAGAGCCACUGUUGUGACCGGCAUGGAGCUGAAGGACAUGAGCCCGGAACAGCUGGACGAGGUCCUAACCAACUACUCGGAAAUCGUCUUCGCGCGGACGUCCCCCCAGCAGAAACUGAUCAUCGUGGAGGGCUGUCAGAGGCAGGACGCAGUUGUCGCUGUGACAGGGGAUGGGGUUAAUGACUCCCCAGCUCUGAAGAAGGCAGACAUUGGGAUUGCCAUGGGGAUAGCAGGUUCCGACGCAGCCAAGAACGCAGCUGACAUGGUCUUGCUGGAUGACAACUUUGCGUCCAUAGUCACGGGGGUGGAGGAAGGUCGCCUGAUCUUUGACAACCUGAAGAAGACUAUCGCUUACACCUUGACCAAGAACAUUGCUGAGCUUUGCCCCUUUCUGAUCUAUAUCAUCGCGGGGCUGCCCCUGCCCAUCGGCACCAUUACCAUCCUGUUCAUCGACUUGGGCACAGACAUAAUUCCCUCCAUUGCCUUGGCGUAUGAGAAAGCUGAAAGUGACAUCAUGAACAGGAAGCCUCGCCACAAGAAGAAGGACAGGCUGGUGAACACGCCACUUGCCGUCUACUCUUACCUGCACAUUGGCCUCAUGCAAGCCCUGGGAGCGUUCGUUGUGUAUUUCGUCGUGUAUGCACAGGAGGGCUUUCGACCCAGUGCUCUCAUUGGCCUGCGGGAAGAAUGGGAAAAGGACCACGUGAACGACUUGGAAGACAGCUAUGGGCAGGAGUGGACAAACUACCAGAGGAAAUACCUACAAUGGACGGGCUACACGGCCUUCUUUGUUGGCAUCAUGGUCCAACAAAUAGCAGAUCUGAUCAUCAGGAAAACCCGGAGGAAUUCCAUCUUCCAGCAGGGUCUCUUCAGAAACAAAGUCAUCUGGGUGGGGAUUGCAUCACAGAUUGUCAUUGCACUGAUCCUCUCCUGUGGCCUCGGAAGUGUCAGGGCCCUGAGUUUCACCACGCUCAAGCCUCAGUACUGGUUUGUGGCAGUGCCAUUCGCCAUCCUGAUCUGGGUGUAUGACGAGGUGCGGAAGCUCUUGAUCAGGCUCUACCCUGGAAGCUGGUGGGAUAAGAACAUGUAUUAUUAA